ACCCCUGUGGGGCCAGGCAUUCCCCACGACCUCUCUCCCCACAGCAGGGCAGUGCUGAGUCCAUGACCCCGCCUGGGUGGGGGCUGAGUGCUUGGGCCGAUUUCCACCCCCCUCCCCAUGGGGGGCUGCUCGGCCUCGGUGCAGGGCUCAGGGCUGGGCCUGGGGCGUUUUCACACCUGUUGCUGCAGCGCCGGGCUGGGGCCGGAUGUGCAAGGGGAGCUCCACCCCAGCUGCCUGGGCCAUGGGGCGGGUGGCUAGUGCGCUGGCUUUCAAGGGGGACGGGGACCCCCAGGAGACUGAGCUGAGCCAGGGCCCCAGCCCCACAGCCACCCUCCUGCCGGCGCCCGGAGACCAAGGUGGGGCUGCGGCCGAAAUGCAGCAGAGGUGCAGCCACCCGGACCCCAACCACAGUCAGACUCCGGAGCCCCCCGGAGCCCCGGUGCCGUGGCUGGGUGCCCCGUCCUGCGAGUGCGGAUCUCGCACCUUCGUCUGCCUGAGCUCGCGGGCCCAGCUCCAGCCCCAGGGGGCCCUGUGCGGCCCGGCCCAGCUCAGCCGGCACCUGGCCACUCACUGCCAGCCCCCAGUGCCCCCCACCCCCAGCCAGGCGGAGACGCGUCGGUUCAGGUGCCCAGCUUGUGGGAAGGGUUUCAAAUACAAACAUCACCUGAAGGAGCAUGAACGUAUCCACAGCGCCUUCCUGCCCAGCACCCUCAGCCAUCUCCUCCCGCACGGGGCCCUCCGGCUGCACGGGAACCCGGAGCUGCCGGCCCCCCAGUUCCUGCCUUUUCUGCUCUACCCGUAUGGGGCGGAGGCGGGGCCAGCACUGGCCACGGGCCACUGGGAGCAACACGGGCCUCUGGGAGCUGGUGGGGCUGGGUGGCGCCCCCUGCAGGCGGGCAGGGAGUUGGGGGGCGGCCGGAGGCGGCUGCGGAGGACCCCUGACGGGCUGUAUCCGUGCGAGCUCUGCCCCAAAACCUUCCAGAAGAGCAGCUCCCUGCUGCGGCACCAGUACGAGCACACGGGGAGGCGCCCGCACCGCUGCCCGCUCUGCCCCAAGGCCUUCAAGCACAAGCACCACCUGCGGGAACACGCCCGGCUGCACUCCGGGGAGCGCCCCUUCCAGUGCGUCCGCUGCGCCCGCCGCUUCUCCCACUCGGGCUCCUACUCGCAGCACCUCAACCACCGGCAGGGCUGCUGCCGGGCCUGGGGCACCCCGGCCCCCGGCCGCGCCCCCCGCGGGGAGACCCCGGCCCCCGGCCCCCCUGGGGAGACCCCAGCCCACGGCCGUGCCCCCCACAGGGAGACCCCGGCCCCCAGCCACGCCCCCUAG